AAAAAAGGAAGAAGUGAAGAGAUCCCCUACGCUUGCCAAAGUCUUUGUCUCCGGAUGAACAGCGAUGGGGGAAUGGACUAUUCUAGAGAGGCUACUGGAAGCUGCCGUGCAGCAGCAUUCUACUAUGAUAGGGAGGAUCCUGCUGACCGUGGUGGUGAUCUUCAGAAUUCUCAUUGUGGCCAUUGUAGGGGAGACGGUGUACGAUGACGAGCAAACGAUGUUUGUCUGUAACACGCUGCAGCCAGGCUGCAACCAGGCUUGUUAUGACCAGGCUUUCCCCAUUUCUCACAUAAGGUACUGGGUGUUCCAGAUCAUCAUGGUGUGCACUCCCAGCCUGUGCUUCAUAACAUACUCCGUUCACCAGUCUGCUAAACAAAGGGAACGGAGGUACUCCACUGUCUUCCUUACCUUGGAAAGGGACCAGGAUUCAAUGAAGCGUGAGGACAGUAAGAAAAUCAAGAACACGAUUGUCAAUGGGGUGCUGCAAAACACUGAGAACUCCACCAAAGAGGCAGAACCAGACUGCUUAGAAGUGAAGGAAAUCCCCAAUCCUGCUAUCAGAACUACAAAAUCAAAGAUGAGGAGGCAAGAAGGCAUUUCUCGAUUUUAUAUCAUCCAAGUGGUCUUUCGAAAUGCCCUAGAGAUUGGAUUCUUAGUGGGACAGUAUUUUCUGUAUGGAUUCAAUGUCCCUUCCAUGUACGAAUGUGACAGAUACCCUUGCAUUAAAGAAGUAGAGUGCUAUGUUUCUAGACCCACUGAGAAGACUGUAUUCUUGGUAUUCAUGUUUGCUGUCAGUGGGAUUUGUGUGGUGCUUAAUUUGGCAGAACUGAACCACUUGGGCUGGAGAAAGAUCAAAAUGGCAGUGAGAGGAGUACAGGCAAAAAGGAAAUCCAUAUAUGAAAUCAGAAAUAAGGACCUGCCAAGAAUGAGCAUGCCUAACUUCGGCAGGACUCAGUCAAGUGACUCAGCUUAUGUGUGAGGCUGUGACAGAACUGAAACACUGUGCCAGGUGGAACAGACCCAGAUACCAUUAGAGAAAGGUACAUUGCUUAGGCAAGCAUUUUAUCAAACCACCAAGAAAGCCAUUAAGGUAUUGGAUCUCCACUUACUGAACUACCUGCAAAAUGCAGCGCUAUAUAAAAGACUGAAAAAACAGCUAUAAAACCAUGCUUGACCUAGCCUUACAGCACAGCUACUAUUAUUCCUACUUUUCUUUCUAAUGAUUGGGUUUUAUCUGUCAGUGAAGCAGCUUUUUGGUCGUCAUUAGGAUGUUUACAGUUUGAACUGUCUAAUUGUUGUAAAUGUGUAGAAUGUUCAUAUCAAAAAACUCUGCAAGGAUACUCUAUAUGGGGUGGGGUGGGGUGGGGGACACUGUUGCAAUGUGCAAGCAUAAGCAUGUUUUAAAAGGAAGGUAAGCACACUGUAAGGAACCUAACCACAGCUCAGUCAGGAUAUCUGCGUUCACGUAUCUCACAGAUGUCUUAUUUUGUUCGUCUAAAUCACAGACUUCAUUCCUGGUGUGUAUCACUAGCUAUUUUCUAUCAUGGUUUGUGCAUCAAUUAGUCAUGCUAAAAAUAAAUGCUGAAUAUAAUUUUGCCAUUUUUUCUUUGCCUGUCCGCACACACAGACAUGCAGACAAACAGGCACACAGACACACACACACACACCAGAGACCUUAAACAUCUUGCAUUAGUUGUGAUCUGCAGAAUAUCUCAGUACAUUUUGAUUGAUUCCCUAAUAUGUGCAUAAUAAUAAGAUGGAGUUGGUUCCUGCCAGCUGAGUUAUGCAUUUACCUACAAUCACCUAUGAUGACACACAUACCAAAGGAAGAGAGUUCAUUGCAUUUAACUGUGAAUAUAUCAUCUUUUCUCUGCUCUUAUUUGUAUAAGUGCCAUACUUGAAACAUCUAACUCUGUACUUAGUCAAAAGGUUGUCUUGGGAUACCAGCUGGAGUGAAAUGAUUUUAUACUCUUUUUUUGUUUAUUUUAUGCUAUUUGUUUAGUCAUUGCAAUGGUGUAAAAAGCAGCUAAAGUAUCUAUUGAUAAAUAAAUACUUACUUGCCUUUUUUUUUUUUUUUUGUAAGCCGGAGAAAUUUGUUCUUUAUUCUUGUAUACAAUUGUAAAAAAACUUA